AUGGCAGCCAUUUUUUUCUUCAUUCUUCAAGAAGAAAUAAAAGCUGAAAUAGCAACAUGUGUCUACAUGUCUCUCCCUGGUCCUCAUGUGUUUCUGCUGGUCAUCAAACUAGAUGUCAAAUUCACAGAUGAAGAGAAAAACACAGUGAAACAGAUUCAGGAGACCUUUGGAAAAGCUGCUCCUUACACCAUCAUUCUGUUCACUCACGCUGAUACACUAGAGGAGAAAUCAGUAUUUACACACAUCAGUGAAAGUAAAGAUCUCCUGGUUGUUCUUUAUGAGUGUGGUGGCAGAUUUCACUCAUUCAACACUAAAGACAUGGAGAACCGCUCUCAGGUCACAGAGCUGCUGGAGAAGAUUGAGAAGAUGGUGAAGGAGAAUGGAGGACAGCACUACACUGAUGAGAUGUAUGAAAAAGUCCAGAAAAAGAUUGAAUGGGAGGCUUGGAAACAAAAAACUAUAGGCUAUGGAAAAACAGCACUAAUAGGAGUGGGAACAGCAGCAGCAGCAGCAGCAGCAGGAGCCGCAACAGCAAUAGUAAAAGCAGGAGCAGCAGCAAAAGUAGUAGAAGUGGCAGGAGAAGCAGCAGUAGCAAAAAUAAAAUUAUGA